AUGUCGUCUUACGGCACGGGCAGGGUCAACGUCUCCCAGUACCUGCGCAACCUCAAUGUGCAGGGACCCUCAGUAGAGGAGCCGUUGACCGACGAGGACCUCGAGAAGGAUCUCGCCCUCUUCACCAACACACAGUUCUUUGACUUUGAGACCGGCCAGCACACCGACUACCAGGCGCCGCCCGUCAAGCCGGAUGCCAUAACCUCGCCCACCGAAGAUGCGACGCCGACGGAUUCCAUCAUGGGGGAUUUCCCAGCCGGCUACGAGUUCCCAAUCACAGCCAUUGCAACGCAGGCGCAGCGAGCAAGCGACUUCAGUUUCGGGGACUACAGCAGCAACUUCACCUCGCCCACGGGCCCGGCCUUCCCUGACGCGCUAGGGAACCUGCAGCCCAUCCAGCCCGGCCCGCAGUCGGCGUAUCCGUCGCAGGUCCCGCACCAGCAGCACCACCAACCAACAGGGUACGUACCAAGAGACGGGGUCGCCGUCAGGGGAGGGGUAGCCCGCCAGGGCGGUGUCGUCGUCGAGAAACGCGAGGCUGAGUCGAAUAGCGGACAUGCGCACGCGCACACGCCGAACGGGCGGGUGCUGAGCUUCGAGGAUGCGUCGCGGCUGGCGGCCGAGGAGGACAAGCGCAAGCGCAACACGGCGGCGAGCGCGCGGUUCCGCAUCAAGAAGAAGCAGCGCGAGCAAGCCCUCGAGAAGAGCGCCAAGGAGAUGACGGACAAGGUGACCAUGCUCGAGGGCCGCAUCUCGGCCCUCGAGACGGAGAACAAGUGGCUCAAGAGCCUCGUCACCGAGAAGCACGGCGGCCGCGACGACAUACUCGACAAGCUGCUCAAGGAGGUCGCCUCGUCCCAGGACGACGGCAAGGACAGCAUUAAGGUGGCCAGCGACAAGUCUAAGAAGAAGGAUUGA